CUUUAAGCGUGGCUCCUCAUUUCACACGAUACCUAUCCGCGCCUCCACACCCCUCUCUUCCAAACGCUCCAUCGGCGGCGCCUCUCUGCCUUGCACCGCCGUCGCACUGAACUUCUGUCACACUGAAGCUCCGUCACAUCCCCUCCCGAUGCUUCUUCGUGUGUUGCUCAUGUCGCUUCGUAUCGAACCCUAAUAUGCAGAAAUCGCUCUGUUUCGAUCUUGUCUCAACUGUGCAGCUUUUCUGCAUCUCGUCCGAUUCAUCACCUCUCCUCAAACUUUGCAGCGCGCUGCCGUCGUUUUCCUUCUCGCACUUCUGGAUCUGCUACCACUCAUAGAAUUUCCUGUUCUAGAAUAUCGAGAAUCUAUCCUCAGAUUUGGUUAAUUUCUGAACUUAUCACUUUCAGUUUUCUGGAUUUUUAUUUUCAUGUUUGAAAUACUGAUUGUGUAGAUUUUGUUGUUCAAUUAGUUCAUUCUUUUUUCAGUUGCUGAGAUGAUUAUAUGGCUUUAAGUCUAAAACAUGAGCAAUAGAAUAACAAGAGAACACUCUCCUUAAGUUGCUCGUUACAAGAUUCAUGCAAUCAUUUGCGAGAAGAUUUGAAGACUGUUUUGGCAAAAAUUGAAUCACUAUUAGCUGGCUUUGGCUUUGGAUGGGAGACUGUUGUCUAUAUUCACCUUUACAUAGAUGACAUGAGUAAGUUCUCAGAGGCAAAUGAGACAUAUGUGAAAUUUAUAACCCCGGAGAGAGUAUUUCCUCUUGGGCACCUAGUUGCAUUGGGCCAUACAGUCAGUGGAGGUGCUAGUGCUGAACUGGAACUGGCUCUCAAAAACUGUGAAGCUGUGGCAAAAUGCUCUAAUUGUUCAAUAUCCACAUCAGCAAUUAUGUUUGUUGUUUACUGUUCGAAACGUGUCUCAUCAUCCGAGAGACAUGAUAUGCAGGAGAAACUAGAAACAAUCCUUACGCAGAUGAGGAUCUUUCAAUUACAGGAACAAAACACCUGCAAAGCAUUAGAUCCCAUAGUUCUUUAUGUCCUCGUUCCUAAUCUACCUAAAAGGAAUCCGACAAUAUCAGAGGGUGAAAACCAACGAGAGGAUAUUCAAGCAAUGAAUAUAAUUCUUAAUCCUGGACUAGCCUUUGGAAUUGGAGACCAUCCGACUACCAAAUUAUGUCUAUUACUCCUACAUGACCGUAUAAAAGGAGGAGAAUACAUCUUAGACUAUGGCACUGGCACUGGAAUUCUAGCAAUUGCAGCUCUAAAGUUUGGUGCUGCCUUUGCUGUUGGAGUCGAUAUAGAUUCACAAGCAAUUGCAUCAGCAUCUAAAAAUGCUACUCUGAAUAACAUCAGACCAGACAAGCUGCAACUGCACUUGAUUGCAAGCCAAACUUCUUCAUCCUGCAGGGAUGACUGGCCAUCUAGAGUUGUCGAGGGAGAAAAUGCUUUCGAGAUAGACAAAGUCACUCACAAGGAUAAAUAUGAUGUGGUCAUCGCAAACAUAUUUUUAAAUCCUAUGUUAAAUCUUGCUGAUCAAAUUAUCUUUUCUGCAAAGCCUGGAGCAAUUAUUGGUCUCUCUGGAAUCUUAAGUGAACAGGUCCAAAACUUUUACAAAAAUAUUCACUAUUCUUAGAAGGCAUAGAAGUGUCGAAAAUGGAUGACUGGGUCUGUGUGAGUGGCAGAAAAAGAAAGAAUAUAGAGUUGAUGAUAUACUAGGAAUUAUAGUUGAUGAUCAAUACAUUUUGUUUAUGUUUUGAAUUAUAUUGAGUUGCUUGUUUAUAGUA